AUGUCUUCCUCUUCUUACCCUAAAGAUAAGAAAAAUCCCAAAUUUGGCCAUCUCCCUCUGUCAACCUCUGGUCCUGAAGAAUGUGCUUUGACUGGCUCAGCACUCCUCCGUUCCCCCUACCACAACAAAGGUAGCGCCUUUCCAUCCAAUGAACGCAAAGACUUCAAGCUCUACGGCCUACUACCUCCUAAUGUACAGACGUUGGAAGCGCAGGUCGAACGAGCCUAUCGACAGUAUUGCAGCCGUACCGACGCGUUGGCGAAGAAUACUUUUAUGACGAGUAUGAAAGAGCAGAAUGAGGUGCUUUACUAUAAGCUUAUACAAGAGCAUCUCAAAGAGAUGUUCGGUAUCAUAUAUACGCCUACCGAAGGUGAUGCCAUACAGAACUUUUCAAAGGUGUUCAGGAGACCAGAAGGCUGCUUUUUGAAUAUCUUCGACCAAGAUCGGAUUGAGGACAAUCUGGCUCAAUGGGGUGAUCCUGAGGACAUUGACUAUAUUGUCGUGACUGAUGGUGAAGAGAACCACCAACUACUGAACGAUGAUCUCUACCUUGGUCUUCGACGACCGCGAGUACGUGGUAAAGAGUACGAUGAAUUUGUUGACAAAUUCGUCCAGUCCGUACGCAAGUUGUAUCCCGGCGCCUAUCUACACUUCGAGGACUUUGGCUUGACCAAUGCCCGAAGAAUACUGGACAAGUACAGGCCAGAGGUCGCUUGCUUCAACGACGACGUCCAAGGAACAGGAGUCAUCACACUGGCUGCUAUCAUGGCGGGUCUCCAUGUCAGCGGCUUGAAACUCACAGAUAUGAGGCUGGUGGUCUUUGGCUCUGGAACAGCAGGAAUCGGCAUCGCGGAUCAAGUUCGAGAUGCCAUUGCAGCUGAGAGCGGCAAGUCCAAGGAGGAUGCAGCGAAGCAAAUCUGGUGCGUUGACAAACCUGGACUCUUGCUCAAAUCCCAGGGUGAAGACCUCACGAUCGGCCAAGGCCCAUUCGCUCGCGAUGACAAAGAGUGGCAGGGCAAGGACCACAACGACCUCUUUACCGUGAUCAAGGAAGUCAAGCCACAUGUGUUGAUCGGAACAUCAACGAAACCAAAAGCCUUCACCGAAGAGGUAGUCAGGGAGAUGUCGAAGCAUGUUGAAAGACCUAUCAUCUUCCCUUUGAGCAAUCCUACUCGGUUGCAUGAGGCGGAUCCAAAGGACAUCAAUGAAUGGUCAGAGGGCAAAGCUUUGAUAGCUACUGGUAGUCCUUUCCCACCUGUGGAGUACAAUGGCAAGAAGUAUGAAGUUGGACCAGAGCUGAUCAUCUCUGCAGCUGAAUGCAACAAUUCGACUGCAUUCCCCGGCAUCGGUCUUGGCGCCGUCUUGUGUAGAUCACGCCUCCUAUCGGACAAGAUGCUUGUAGCGGCAGUAAAAGCCAUAGCCGCUCAAUCGCCUGCUCUCAAAGACCCAGACAAAGGGCUCGUGCCAGAUGUCAUCGAUGUACGAGAAAUCAGCGUCCACGUUGCAAAGGCAGUCAUUAAGCAAGCCAUUGAAGAAGACCUAGCUACCGAAAAAGAGAUCCCAGAGAACGACGAAGAUCUCGAAGAAUGGAUCCGAGAGCAAAUGUGGGAGCCACGCUACCGACCCUAUGUCCGCGUCGAUAAAGAAAAGGCAAGUAAGCACGGGAAGGGAGAGCUUGGAGUCGGCAGCGUGAGGAAAGAAGCGAAAGGACCGAAGCCUGAAUAG